ACUCAGGCCCAUCUGAAGUCUAUAAGAUAACUUGGCACACCUGCGCUCACAAUGAUCUCUGCAGACAAAGAGCCUCAGCUUCAAGCUUACACAAAGACACCACUGACAUGAGAGACCGACUGGGACACCUGCAGGAGGCCCAGACUGAUCCUGAAGGUUUCAGCGCCGUGGACCUGAACGGCCGCUCAGAACACGAAGACUCCAACCCAGAUCUGGAUGGGAUCCUGCAGCAGGCCCAGCGGAUCCGUCUGGAGAUCCAGCAGAUCCAGAACGACAUUGGCGAGCUAAAGGAAGUGAACUUCCAGACGUUAAACAAGACUUCAUUUCCCGAUGUCACGAAGCGAGACUCCAACACAAUCGGGAUGGAUAUCAAACGCAGAGGAGAAGCCGUGUUGCAGCAGCUGCACGGGAUGAACGACCUCCGGGGUCACCUGGAGGACCAGCGGGGCUCCUCUGACCCCGCGGCCCGCGUCGCUCGGACCCAGUACCGCUACCUGAGCGCCGCGCUGCGAGAGGUCAUGUUCAGCUACAACGAGGCCGAGAUGAGCCACAGCGAGGCCUGCAAGCGCCACAUUCAGCGGCAGAUGGAGGUGGUGGGGAGGGAGGUCAGCGAGACGGAGCUGGAGGAGAUGAUGGAGGGAGAGGAGCCGCGCGUGUUCAGCAUCCAGGUGGGGGGCCAGACCGCCCGCUCGGCCCUGGUGAGCAUCGAGAGCAGACACCGGGAGCUGCAGGAGCUGGAGAGGAGGAUUGAGGGGAUCCAGGAGCUCUUCUUGGACGUGGCCAUGCUGGUGGAGGAGCAGGGGGCCGGGCUGGAGAGCAUUGAGAGGAACGUCCAGACCGCCGAGGUGACCGUCCAGGAGGCCACGUUCCAGCUGGACAGAGCCCUCGCUUCGGACAAAAACAACCCCUUCAAGAAGAUGUUUUGUGGCUGUUUUCCGUGUUACAAAAAAAUGCCUUGAUUUGUGAUGAGGAAAUAACAGAUCUGGUUAUGACGGUGCUUAUUUUACACACACGGAAAAGAUGAGCAGCAAAUCCAAAAACCUACAUGACAAGAAGAACAAACUGCUGUGUCAGACACCAAUACGUUACUGAAAACCUAUUUCCACAAUGCAUGCAUAAAUGAUAAGAGACGUUUUACCAACUUCAAAAUUCAUGGUUUUAAAACUUUUUGGACAGUCUGGAUGCUACUGUCUAGGCUUUGUAAGCUUCUCAAAUUUAAAGUGAAUAAAAUUUUGUGCUACUAUA